GUCAUUAUAAUAGUAUGGUUAUUUUAAUUGAAAAGUAUUUCAUGACAUAACACAAAAGCAAAGAUUAUUUCAUCUGUGACUAUGAAAGUUUCCUCCUCAGUCUGUUUGACGAAUGGGGUGAAUUGAAAAAGUCAGCGCAUCACCCGUUGGCUAGCUGCUACGCGUUUAGCCGCGGUUCAUUUACGUUAGCUAGCUAUAGUAAACCUCAGUGGUUUAGACAGUUACUCAGCCUUGAUCAUAUUACCUAACGUUAACUAGCUGGUUUAGAAAAAAUAUGUUUUUUGACAAAGCAUACACUUUGGGUGUUUUAUAAAAUGGAAGAGCCCUGGGAUUUCGAGUUUUUAUCCCGCAUUGUGGACGGGUUUGUGUCGUUUCUUUCCGAAUUUGUUGAUGACUGGCUGGCUAAUGAUAUGAGAGUGUCAAUAUUCAAGAUAUUGUUUAGCUGGCUCGUUGUCAGUCUCAUUGCCAUCCAUUUCGCUUGGAAAAUUUACGGAAACACUGUGAACGAUAUGUAUUACCGACAAGGUACUGGUGGAAAGAAUGGAGGCACACCUGACACUGCACCUCACCGGAGCGGAUGGGAGAGUGCGGCAGGAGACAACCUCAAGACACAUCGUGAGUGACAGACAGGACAUAACAAGUUGGACUACAUAGGACUUGCUCUCUGUCUUAUCAGACAGGGUUGCUGAGUGGAUACAGACUUGCUAAUGUUGUGCCUUUUCAAAUGGACUGGAGUUCAUUGAUGAUGUGGGCCUGUGGAGGCUUCCUUACUCAGAGCUGAAGAAGUUUCUCCUGGUCGGUUUUCAUGACAAUAUAACGUUAUUAGGCUCAGUUUGCGUCCACACAUAAACACCAUGUGAUAUGCUAAGAUAUUCUCUCAUAUGCCAUAUCUUUUUAAAUAUCAUAUAUUUUUUAAUUUAGCUCCUCUGGCUCAUGUUAAUUUUUAGCUCCUUUGAUUGGUGAGACAUUAAAAUAUACGUCUGGCUCCAAAUCCACUGAUUGGAUGUAGAUUGAAAUGAAAUGUUAUUCUAAUCUGGAGACAGAAUCUGGAGAGACUCAACAACUGUAUGCUCUGAGAGUUGUGGGUGGUUGUGACUGCAGUUAUGUUAAAAACAUUGUAUGAAUAAGGAGCUGUUCAGAAAGGA